GUCCGGCCGGAACCAGGAUCAAUGAAAAUCACAAGAUGGUAAGUUGGCCAAUUCCUAUUUUAUCGGGAAAAUAGCUGCUUAAAAAUCUAAUUUGUAGUGAACGGGUUUUUCUUUGUCUUUGUUUGAGGUAUAUUGGCCACAUUUGCCUUGUAAAAACGGCGUUCGUCAGCGUAUUUGUAAAAAUAUGCCUUGGCUAGUUCAAAGCAGCUCAACGCAGGCGUUCCCAAACUAUGAAGUAAAAUUAUUGAUUAUUUCGAUGUCAAUCUUAGAAUCGAUUGUUAUAGGAAAAUUGUUAAUAAAUAAGAUUAAAAGCAUUGAUUUUAAUCAGUUCUCAGAUUGAUAACUUUCGAUUUUUAUGGAUGGUUGUGGUUUUAAAGAUUAACCUUAUGUUUUGCUUCCGCAGAAACCCUAAAGUGUUGUUUAAUUAGACUGGAAGGAUUUUUUUUGACAAGAAACAGUUUACAUGUCUUUAUCAUAACAUACCUUGAAGCCCAAUACCUAGGGCCAUUCCAGUUAAUAUUGCAAGGGUUUGAAAGUUGUUUCUAAUGUGGGUGGCUGUGUCGCCACCUUUUAUUUUUGGAAUAUUUUGAGGGGUAUGAGAAAAAAACGAAAUUAAUGUGCUUUUUCUGCGGGGCGAGGGGGAAAGGGGGGGCUUGCUGAGUUGGUACUAUUCAGGGCUGUCAAUUCUCCCGGAUAAUCCGGGAUACUCCAGAUUUAUGGACCGUGUCUCCUGGUCUCCAGAUUAGAGUCUGAAAUCUCACAAGGCUGAUUGCUGAAGUUUGCCAUUGACGGUAGGCUUGACUUUCCAACAAAAAAUUUCAAAUAUCUUGCAUUGUUUUAGCUACUGUUGGCAUAAAACGUUUCCUCAUAAACUCCGGUAUGCUAUUGUUAUAUAGGCAAUAAUGUGAUUAGUGGGAAGUAAACCGAUCUGGCCCGAGUUGUUCGAAAGCUGGAUAGUGCUAUCCACCGGAUAAAUCACCAUCCAGUGGAUAAGUAUUAGGGAAACCAAUUGCGCUAUCCAGUGAAUAGAGAUUUAUCCAGUGGAUAGUGCUAUCCACCUUUUGAACAACUAGGGCCAGGUCGAAUGUUUCAAUGCCAACAACAUCUUUUUCGCACAUUUGGUUUGGGAUGAAACAGGUCAAACCGUUAAUCCUAUCCAUAACAUUUUUAUCAUUUUGUAAGUUACUGAUCCAGCCUCGUCCAGGUUUCUAACUUGACGAAAGAGAUCUCUGAACAGUGGACCUUCAGAUAAGGAGGGGGCCCGGUUGUCCAUACCCUGAGAUAAAGGGGGGUUCGGUCUCCAAAAAAAAUUUUUCGGCCCUUUGGGCCUCAGUAUGGCGUAAAAAUAAGGGAGGGGGGGAGGUGGGCAGGGCUCCCCGGGCCCCUCCCCCGGAUCCGCCACUGCAGAAGAAAAGAUUACAUGGAGUUCCUGUUUGGCUGACUUUUCCAACCAAGAUUUCUUUAGUAUAAACAUUUUGAUAGCUGAAGGAUAUUAUAUAUUUACCUGUCUUGCAACCGACAUGUCACUUGCUUUGGGCAUGCAUGUAUUUCUGUAGAGAUUCGAAACUCUGCAUGCAGACAUCUUCCACCAUAGUAAAAAGCAUGCAAAGUCUGAGGUUCUUUGCAAUGGAAAAAUAAGUUUGCUUCAACAAUUUCAAAAGUUCAUGGUCUGUGAUUUAUUGUGAUUGGUUACUGGAUUUCAAUCCAUUUGUGUGUUUCUGUCUUUCAAUUUUCAUAUUUGGUUUUAAUCUUAAUUAUAAUUGACAGCAGGGAAAAACAUAAUCUUGUUAGCUAGCUUUUAAAAUUCAGAAUUUAUACGUUAUUGAAAAGCACUGGAACAAACAUACAUCUUGUCAAUUGCUCUUAUAAUGCUGCAGUUGUGACGGUGACUUCUGAUUGCAAUCUGUGGACAGGCACAAAGAAAACAUUCCCAGAUAGAAUCUCAACAAUAUCUCUUACUACUCAUUGUUUCAUUGGACCUUUUCAAACAAAGCUCUAGUGAACACUGACUUUAAGACUUUUGUUUUUUCCUUCACCAGAGUGACGACUUAAUCAUUUGUGAUGUUGACCCUGAAGUAAUAGAGAAGGCAGGGAAACUCAGGUUUUGUAAAGAAAAAACUUCAGCUGCAAUUAUCAGUAAGUCUGUGGCAUGCAAGAGGAAAUUACAAUAAGAUCCAGGGGAGGGCUGGACAGGUGUAGACCUCCCUACAUGUACGUUGUUCAAAUCAGAGAAUUGUCUAAAGUACAGUGUGCCAUGAAAAUGAAGCAAUUACCACUGAUUUUGCAUGCAACUUUUGCUUUUAAGCCCUAGUGUCCGCACACAAAUUCUCCAGACCAGACUAAUCUUAAUACAUUUCUUGAGGAAUUAGUGAAGAGAAGUUGUUUAAAGAUCAAAUCAUUUUCGUUAGGUGAUCAUUAUGAAUUUGCAUAAAUUUUUCUUUUUAUUAUUUAUUGAUAUUGUGGCCUUUCAGCCAUAGGGCUUGUUCACAUUGGUUUUAUUUGUCAACAAAAUCAUUUUAUCACUUGGCAUAUAACACAAGAGGCAACCAAUGCUUCAGAGCUGAGUACUUCAUGAGAGGAAUGUCACAUGUUUUAUAGUACAACAAAUGUUUAACAAAGGGGAACUGUAGGAAGAACUGACACAACAGUGUACACAAGCCGUUAAUUGUUGUUGCAUUACGUAUCAGCCCUUCAUCAAAUUAAGUAAAUACACUGUAGAAUAAUAAUUAAAUAAUUAUUGUACUCACAGGAAAAAAAAAACGGAUUUCCAAUUUUUGGAUAUUUUAGGGUAUUUAAAGAAUACCCACAAAAAUCCCAAUUAAUUUGGAAGAGUGAGACAAGUCCCAAUCAGGGAACUUGGUUGGGAAUUCCCUGGCUGGGACUUGUCUCAUUUUGCCAAAUUUGGAAUUUUUUUGGUUUUUCCUGUGACUUUUGUUUUUGAUUCUGAUAAAGGACUAACUGGUAGAAAAGAUAGCUCCUUUGUUUUUAUAAGGUCUAUUUAAUACUGAAACUGUUAUGUCAUACAUGUAGAUAUUGCAAUUUUUCUUAAUUCUUUUCUAGUGAAGAUUGAUGUGGAUAAGCAGCUUGUUAUUUUGGAUGAGGAACACGAGGUAAAGCAAGUUUUCCCUUAUUUUAAUUCAUGAUUGGCAGUGAUUAGCAACAUUGUCAAGGAAGCCUAGCCCAAUUUUCAGUGUUAUUGUUUUCCACCGUUAAGAUCUUGGGUGAUUUGUCCACAGAACACUCGAUCACUUUAGGAUCCACAUAAGACCCCAUUAAGCUGUGUCAGUGCUAAAAUUGUCCAAAAUUUAAUAUUAUGAUUGUGACAUCAUUUUGAUUCCAUCUUUACAACCCAGAUAAUUAAUGUUCUGUAGAAUUUUAUUUUCUGACAACAGAAGGUCUUUAUUCUGAUAAAGAUUGACUGCUGCAGCUACAUCCUUCCUAGUGGAAGGAUGUACAAGCAAGGGUUGGUAGUCUUAUUAUGACAAAGUUAAAUUUCUUUGUGAUAUGAAGUUUGUCCAUUUCUGUUUUCGUUUUAUCUGUCCUAUUUGUGUUCUGCAAGUGCAUGUGUAGCCUUAUUUUUGAAAGUGAAAAUUAGAAUCUGUAUUUUGUGUAAAAUUUCCUGGUCGGUGGUUUUUCUAGUCAGAUACCCUGUCAACUCCCCCAUUUUAUUAUUACAUGUAACUGAAUAUGAUGUGACCCCACAAUUAAAAAAAAGACUUGAAACUUGGUGGGAAGGGCGUUAAGCUGACUUCAGAGAAUGUUGAGUCAAGAGAAAUCUUUAAACCUUGUUGUUACUUAUGUAAUAAUAAUAAUAAUAAUAAUAAUAAUAAUAAUAAUAAUAAUAAUAAUAAUAAUAAUAAUAAUAAUAAUAAUAACUUUAUUAAUAUCCUCAAAAAGUUUAAACCUUGUUGUUGCUUAUGUAAUAAUAAUAAUAAUAAUAAUAAUAAUAAUAAUAAUAAUAAUAAUAAUAAUAAUAAUAAUAAUAACUUUAUUAAUCUCCUCAAAAAGGCUUUUCAGCUGAAUUUACAAUGUCAAGUAUCUAAAACUUAGUUUUCCAAAAAUACCCUUAAAAAUGCUGUUUUAUUUUUACUUUAAAUACAUCUAAACUAGUGAUAGACUGAAACUCGUCUGGGAGACUAUUCCACAGCUUUUGGCCUCUGAAGGUAAUGCGCGCUGACCUGCAGCCGUCCUACAGAGUGGUAUAUGUAGGCAGUCCCUAUUCCUAGUGUUGCAGUUGUGCACUUCCAAUCUGGUUUUAAACUUCUGACAAAGAUAUGGAGGUGCAAGUCCAUUUAAGCAUUUGAAUACCAGGGUAGCAUCUCUAACCACAAGUUGUUUAAUAAUUUGGUAGCCAUUGUAACUGCUUUAUAAGCAUAAGUGUAACAUCAAAUUUCCUCAUUCCAGAAACUAUCCAGGCUGCAAAAUUUUGCGCUGUUUGUAAUAGCUCGAUGUUUUUCUUAGUGGUAUUAGCCCAUACUGAUGAACAAUACAAUUUUAAUUUACUGAAUACGAGAGAAUUAAUUAUAGUGAUCAACAUACGCUUAUCAAACAGGUGUAGAGAAAAAGUACUUGAUUUAUGUGUAGGUGUAGAGAAAAAGUACUUGAUUUAUUGUGUCAGUUUUUGUUUUAUUACAGGAUAUAUCUGUGGACGAUCUGAGAGAAGAGUUACCCGAUCAUCUACCACGGUAUCCUUGUGUUAUUCAUUCUUGGUCUUAAGUAGUUUUCAAAGCGCCAGAUAAGAGGUCAUAACAACAAUAUUUAAAUUACUAUUCUUAAUCUUUGUACUAUACAGGUUUUUGACAUCAACUUGUUGCCUCAACUAAUAAAAUGCAUAUGGUUGCCAGGCAUAAAAAUGUUAGGGGGAAAAAACUUUCACAAUCAAAUUUUGAUCUGGCUAUGACAUCUGAUCUUAAGGCCUACUUUUGCUGCUCUCUGCCAAAUUUUAUGUUUUUUGUACCAUGAUUUCCAUUCUUGAAAAGUUCUUGAAUUUUAGGGGAAGUCCUCAAAAAGACCUUAAAUUCUAUUUUUCCUUGAAAAGUCCUUAAAUUUCUGGGCAAGUCCUUAAAAAGUCCUUGAAUUUUCUUCAACUUUGAAUUUAGUGGCAUGGGAAGUGUUUUUUGAUGAUUUUUGGUUGUCCAAGACAGAAUAAUUAUGAAUCAUAACCCAGAGAAUUUAAAGGUUAUUCACACAAAGUGCUCAAUGUUUUAUGCAUCUGCACAAUAAAUUAUUAACUAUCAAUUUAAGACAAGUGAACUAAAAAAUGUAGAGAAGUUGGUGAAGCAAACAGUUCAAGCCCUAAAGCCUUAUAAGAAUAGACUGGGAAUGUGCACUUUUGUAUAAUUUGUGAAAAAUUUAAUAUAUUCCUACACUGUAGUAGGUGGUCCUUGAAAAUCUAAUGCAACCCUUGAAAAGUCCUUGAAAAAUGGUUACAAUUUUUUGUGUGAACCCUGAUACUUUUUUGAUAAUUCUUUCAUGGCUAUUGUGUGAUAAAACCAAGGUUUUGCUGUUCACUUUUCCAUGAUUUUAUUGAUUACAACCACUUUCAGUAAAUUUAAGUCACCAUAGUACCAUAUAUGUAGAGUCUCAUUGAACACAAAGUGUGUCAGUAUCAAAAGUAUAGCUUUAAAUUUGCUUUAAAGUGCUUACGAGGAGUGCUCCAAGCUAAACAUUUUUCCAAGUCACCUUUUGACAACCUAAUAAAAUGGUCACCAGAUAUUAAAAAUUUUGGUUGCCAGAGGGAAGAAAGUGUUCUUGACUGGUGUUAAUAAUAUUAUUUUAUUGAGGGUUUGAAAUAAUGAACAUGGCUUCCCUGAAUUUAACGCGGUGGAAUUUGGUGGUGCAUGCGACAUCUCAAGGCCUUAUACAUGAAUUACUUUACCCAGACAAAUAAUUUGAAUUUGUCUCUUUUGCUCAAUUAUUGAGCAAAAGAGACAAAAUAAAUUAUAUAAAAAUUUCUUGCAAAUGAUGAAGAUGAUGUGAUAUUAAGUUGCCAUUUUUUUUUAGAUAUUUGCCAUAGCAACCAAAAUAAGGCAGCUUGAAUUGUGAGUAGCAAUACUUAGUUCCCAGUGUAGACUGUCAGCUUUAAGGGAGGGAGAUGCAAAGCCCUUUUUCGGUUGGACAUUUUUGGGAUCCAAAGGACUUUCUAGGUUUAGAAAUUUUUUCGGUGACUAUAACUUGGGUAGGAUUAAAAUACACUGAUUUUUUGAGUGGGUUGAUCAUGAUGAACAUAAGGCAUAAUCCAAGGUAACCUUCACUUUAAUGUCAAAUAACUCUAAUCCAUUUUAUUUGAUACAGAUAGAUCUAACCUUUACAUGCAAAUGCAGGCUGGGAGACUUAGCAAUUUGUUCAUAAAAGUUUUUUUCAUGGACAGCAGAAGUUGUCAGGUUCUAGGCUGUUAAACGCUUUCUUCUUUUGGGGGGGUUGACAGUUUGGCCUCAUUUCACUUUCCUAGUGCUAUUGUUCCUAAAUUCCGCUGCAUGCAGAGUAAAACAUGGCUUCAAUUUUACCUCAUGCAGUGUAUAGUGUUUGUUUACACGUCUGUUUGAUUCCUUAAUCACCUUCUUCAGCUAUGUAUUGUACAGUUAUGUUCUUAAGCAUGAUGAUGGCAGAGUAUCGUACCCACUGGCUUUCAUUUUCAUCAGCCCUCAGGGUAAGGACAGGUUACUGAGCUAUGUUGAGCUGUGUUGAUUAGACUAGUAUAGGUAAUCAUACAACUUAAAGUUCAAUUUGGAUUUUUUUGGCACAAGUGUAUUUUUCAAAAAGUAUUAAAAUUAUUUACAUUCAUUUGACAUUUCUCACAAUAUCAUACAAAGCUGUCUGAAAGAUUGAAUAUUUUAUAACAGUUUGUUGAGGUCAGCAGGUUCAGAACUCUCAAUUCGCUGGAAAAUUCCCUCUUCUUUUCAACAUUAUAUUUAUUAUUGCCUAACAUGUACUGAUUUUUUUAUAACAUUAUUACUUGUAUGGGCCAAUUUAUGCCACUUUCCCAUUGGUCAACUCAAGGUAGUAUAAAUAUGCUCAGCCAUGGGCUUGUUGAAAAGCAUUUUCGUCAUGCCUUGUUGCAGCGAAUAGUUCCAUGAUUUAUAUAUGCAGCCUUGUUUGAUUUUAAGUGCCUAAUAACAGUACAUUGGGAAUUAUGUACAUUUCUAAGUUUUAUUGUGUGGCCUUGUCUACCCUCUGAAGUGAACUAGUCCACAGACAUAGAUGGAAGGUUUUAUCUUUGUGAAUUUCAGUUUAUGAUAAAUGAGUCAAUGUUUCAAAUUUAGGGACUAAACCUGAACUGCAGAUGAUGUAUGCUGGUUCAAAGACAAACCUUGUUAGAAAGCUAGGGGCAACAAAGGUAAGUAUGAAUGCUUUGUGUUUGUCCUGUACAAUGUAAAAUUUCAUGCUGUGUGUAUGUGUAUCUGAAAGGGCACAUUAUAUCAAACAUCUAGAAAACAAGGACUCAAAUCCACCCCCUCCUCUGGAGAAAAAAGCCCUAAAUACUUUUUAACCUCUUCUUCUCCUGCCCAAUUUUUAUGGAACCCAAAAGCCUUUGAGACGGAAUCCAUCCUAGGAAAUUGAGUAUUUUGGUUGUCAGUGGACAAAAACCUUGUGCAAGAAUAUUGUAUUCUUUAUUACACUUUUUGAGGGCUAUAAAUGUAAUAAGUUGUGUGAAAUUAAACUCCAAGGAAAAGUUCUUAUGGGAUCACAAGAAAACAACCUUCAAAAGCUUCAAAUUAUUUUCACAAAAUAUGAAAUCUUAUGCAUGACAAUUUACCAGUGUUUUAUCAAUUCCUUUGAAAUUUGAAAUUUAUUUUCUCAGGCUCCUAUAAGAACUUGUCUUUGGUGUUAUUACAGAUAACUGUUAAAUUACAUCUAUAGCCCUUGAAAAGUGUAAAAAAGAAGGCAACAAUUAUUGGCUUAAAAUAUUCUGGUACACCUUGUACAGGUUUUUGUCAAUUAAAAUUACUCAAUUUCAAGGUGGAUUCUGUCUUAAUAUUUACGGGAUGGCCCUUUUAUUUCAUGCUCCAGGAGAUUUUGCUGAAAGAUGCUAUUUGAAGCUAUCUAGUUGAAGUGAUUUCUUGUCAUCUUUGAUCUUUGUUGUGCUUAUUUUUUUGCAAAGUUUGGGACACUGAAAAAGGUGACCACCACCCCCUUCCUGCUUCUUGGGGAAACAGCAGUACCAAGCAAUAAUUAUUGCUAAUUUAAUAAUUUUUAUAUCAUAGGUUUUUGAGUUGAGGUCUAAAGAGGAAAUGUCCGAAGAAUGGUUGAUUCAAAAGCUGAAGUUUUUCCGCUAGCCUUAAAGUUUUUUUUACGUAUGCAAUA